CAAUGUUUACUUUGAUCGUCUACAUCCUGGCCGCACUUCUUCUCUUCAUCAACCAACCUCAAUUCACCACCACCACCAUGGCUACGAUCGACUCUGUCGCGUCGAGCACGGGCUCAAACCAUGGAUCAAUCACCAUCAGCCCCGACGACACAUACAACUCCAACUUCCCAAUUGACUUCGACCCCGAGCGCGACGAUGCCAUCUGCUCCACCCUCGAGGUCAAACGCAACUACAAGCAGACCGUCAAUCCGUCUCCCCAGAUGCGAGACACCGCGAAGAAAUACGGUCGCUGGUCUCCUCGACGCCCUCAACACGAUGUCAUUAUCAACACAUCGGCUCUGGCUCAGGCCUUCCCCGACUUCUCUCAAGCCGGUUCUCCGAACGAUACCUUCUCCCUAGAAGCCCCUCGCGGCCGCAAGGGCAAACAACAAACCACAGUCACGUCCUCCGCACUCGAAUAUACCACCGACGCGAAUACUCCCAUGAUCAACCUCUCCAGCAAUCUCCGCCUUCUGAAGACUCCAAUACAGCGAGUCGAACCCACUCAACCUACAAUCUACGAAGACGUGACGCGCAACAAUGCCAACGUCCGCAACAAUAGCAACCAAGCCCACACCCAUACUCAAUCGAACACCAAUGCUCAGACCAACACCAACCUCAACACGCGUAACAAAUCCAACAACCCACCUCCAACUCACUUCGCCACAGAGCAGAAGGAGAAUAUUCCUCCCAUUCCUCAACAACAAAGCUUCAAGCGAUCCUCCUACACCUCCAACGCCAGUCGUACCAUCAGCGGCGACCGACGGACCUUCAAGGACCUUCAUGCCCGAGUCGCGGACGAGUCCGAUGGCUCACUUAUUGGUACAGAACGACCUGCUUCCGUCACCUUUCAACCCAAGAACACGCGCUUCUCCAAAGCCACGGAGAAGAAGCAGACCACCCAAACACACAUCUUCACACCUACCAGUCUCAACGGCAAAUCAGGCAAUGCCACGCAACAGUCCUUCUUUGUCGCUAGUGUACUGAAUUCUGCCUCGAACACUCAGACCAACGCCCUCCCCGCGGUUCACCAUGGAAAGGUCGUCAAUGGCGGCAAAUCUCUUCCUUUCAAUGAAGCAGACAACUUCGACCUCCCAGAAGACGAGAAGGAUAUUUAUGAGUACGCUCGGAAGCUCAAAGCACAGGUUGCAAAGUUGGAGACUGCACUUCAGUCUGCUCACAAUACCAUUGACGAAAUUCGAGCAGACAAUGCCGAUGCUGCUGCAAUGCGCACGCAGGCAGGCAUCCAAUUGGAGAAAGAGCAUGAGCGACUUUCUAUUGAGAACCAAUCCCUCAAGGAAGAGAUUCGGAUUCUUAAAAAUCAGCUCGCUCAGGAGGUUCAGGGCAAAGAAAACGCAACUCUUUCAUUGGAAGAGCAAGAGUUUGCCUUCAAGGAUCAAGUCGAUCGAAUACAGGAUGAAGUCGAUCGACUCCACGCAGAGCGAGAAGAGAAUGAGCAUAAUUUCCAACAGCAACAGUCCGACUACCAACGUCGAAUUGUUUCACUUUCUCAAGAAAAGCAAGAGUUGAUUCGAAACACGCACGCCCUUCAAAAUCAAAAGUCUGCUCUCGCAACUCAAGUCGAACAGCUGCGACAGGAGAAGGACCAAGACACUCGAACAUGGCAGCAAAAGGAGACUACCUUUCAAAUCCAAAUACAACGACGCGAUGAAGCUGUCCAGCGCCUUACAAAUGUCACCCAACACCUCAAGGAGUCGACUCAAAACAUCGAAGGUGUCACAAAGACCAGAGCAUCAAAAUCGCUCUCUGGUCGCAGUACCAAGCAGAAGUCGACCAGGGGAAACCACGAUCAAGACCUGCCAUCAAAAGUCAUGAAGCAGGCACAAAAUCACAUGGAGGACAUUCAAGCCGCGUCUGGUAACCUUCACUCCAGUAGUCAGCAACCUCCGGUCAGACAACGCAAUCACACUCAGAAGGAUCGGGCACCAUUCCAAGCGCUCGAUUUUGACCUUCACCAACAAGCAUUCGGCCAGAAUCUUCAGCAAUCUCAAAACAUUCCCAUCACUCGAAACGACCGGAAUGACACUCAAAUCACGCAAGAAGCGUCUUUCGAUGACAACACGGGAGACCUUCAACACACCCAGCAAUCCAAUGACGAAACCCUUUCCGACGCCGGUUCCAACCUGUCCAGCAUCGUUGGGCAUGGUUUUAUGGCAGACAUUAACCAGCACCUCAAAAAUCUCAAAACUGCGAAGAGACAGCUCGAAGCUGCCGAUCAAGCCUCCGCCCACGAAGACACCAUUCAAUCUGGUCAAUCCUCUCACGCACCAUCUGUCAAGAUGAUGGCUGAACAUCGCACCGUCCGCGAUGACACCAUCCAGACCAUUCAAUCUGGCCGUUCUUCUCAUGCUCCAUCCGUCAAAGGAUCCGGUGGCAUCUUGAAGAAUUCCAACACCCCACAGGAGGAUCUCACUGGCCACUUCAGCAUCAAGUCGGCGAAACCAAACACUCGCACAGAACAGGAUCAUACCAGCAGAUCCAACACUCACCGGCGCCAUCGUUCUCUGGUUGAAGAAGACUACACUACCAAAUCCAACACCUCUCAUCGUCGCCAUCAUUCGGAGACGGCCGUUCACACCAACACACCUCGCCAAACAGACGGUGACGAUAUGACUUCGGCCUACCUUGUUGCAGACAUCGAUGCUGCCAAGCAGGGCAACAACAAAGAUCGGCCAGUUCUCUCAGCCACUGCUCGCCAGGUCCUUGACAAUCUUUGCGAACACCACCACAACCGCGGAAAUUGCACGAUCUGUCUGCGCCUUGCAUCCUUCAACACCAAGCCAGCAAGCAAGAAGACCAUUCAAAUUCAAAGACCAAUCCCGGUUACCCAGCGCCCAACCAGCCCGGUACCCUACGAGGAAGAGGUUACACUUCGUCCAGCAGUUUCUCCGGGUCUCGCCUUGGCAACCGUGCUGAAAGGUCUCGAAGAUGAGCUUGCUCAUCUGAAGCUGAGACAUUCGGAGGUGCAAAAGACUUACAUGGAGCAUGACUCGUCAUUGGGCAGGCGUGAGCGGAAGGCGUUGAAGAGCGAGAUUGACAAUCUCCUCAAGAAGAUUGACAUCAAGUCUGAUCAGAUUUAUGCAUUGUACGAUGUCCUCGAGGGACAAGCUGAAGCGGGACAGGAGAUGACGCAAGAGAUGGUUGAUAUCACGUUGACCAGAAUGUCCCUGCACGAUUUGGACAUUGAAGAAGAGGAAUUGCCCUGGGAGGGCAUUGAAGAGAGUGAUUGAAUGAAUUGUAACGAAAAGGGUUUGGACAUUGAAAACAGUAUCAGUAGUAUCAGUGUAUUGUUACGAUUGUUCUGUAAGACUAGGAACAAUGGAUGAAAUGAAGAUUUUCCAAUGCAAUGUUCGAGUUGAGAUCAGUGCAAUGAACUCAUAAAUUUGGACUCUUAUUGAUCCUCAAUGUGCCCUCUGUGAGUAAAUUUGGGGAGAGGGGGCCGGGACAUUGCUUCACUGGACAUUAACGGGAGGAUUACUAUCGUGGAUACAGGAAAUAUAUUUAAAUCGAGUAGGAAGAGUUCAAGCGUACCUUAACCUAA